AUGAGCCUCGAAGAGCAAAUACAAGAGGUGCGUAUUGACAUCGACGAAAUCAAACAUGUGAUCGACCAAAUCACUCGUCCUCGCAUAAAGCAAAAUCUAGAACUUCAACAGCGCAAAUUCGAAAAGGAAUUGAUCCAACUUCAAGAAAAGCUGCAGAAACAGCAACAACAGGCUGCUUCUCAAGCAGCAGAAAAGGCAGCCAGUGCCAGUGCUGUACCAACUGUUACUCGAUCAUAUACAAAAGAUAUAUCAGUCUAUGCAUGGGAUCAAACCGAUAAAUUUGUCAAAAUCUACAUUCAAAAUCUGGACGGUGUCGGCAGCUUACCCGAAAACCAGAUUCAGUGCUCGUUUGAAAAGCGUGGCUUUCAUCUACAAAUUCAAAAUCUAAACAAUAUCAAUUAUUCCUUGAAGAGAAUUGGUCUUCUGUAUGAGAUUCAACCGGACCAAUCAACUUUCAAAGUCAAAAAGGAUAUGAUCAUUGUGUCUUUACGAAAAGUCGAGUCAAAAAAUUGGGAAUGCUUUUUACAGGACGAGAAGAAAGCGCCCGCCAAACCAUUUCCAAAACUUGACAAUUCAAAGGAUUCAAAUGAAUCUUUCUUGAAUAUGGUGGAGGACAUGUACGAAAAUGGCGACGAUGAUACGAAACGUGCCAUUGCAAAAGCCUGGGUCCAAUCGCGUGAGAAGAUGAAUUCUGUUGACACUGGAUCACAUAAUAGGAUGAAUUCUGGCAUCGUCGAAACGCCUGACUUCACAUUUUAUCCUCCUCCAAAGAAAUCAUGA